UGUGUGUGACGUCAGGAGGUAAACAUGGCGCUGGCCCUGGUGAGGAGCUCGGCCGGUGGUCUCAUGAACCAUGGAGUCUUGGCUCUCCGGGGGAAUAACACGAGCCUGCUGCGGCACUGCUCAAUCGCCCAUACUCUACAGAUCCGGAAUAACAUAAAGAAGAAACGGAGCGAGGCUCUGCUUGGCGGAGGGCAAAAGAGGAUUGAUGCACAGCAUAAAAAGGGCAAGUUAACAGCUCGAGAACGGGUGGAGCUACUAUGUGACCCAGACAGCUUCGUGGAGUUUGACGUGUUUUCUGAGCACACCUGCACUGACUUCGGCAUGGAGAAUCAGAAGUUUCCAGGUGACUCUGUCGUGACUGGUCAUGGUUUCAUUCAUGGUCGGCUGACUUAUAUAUUUAGUCAAGAUUUCACUGUGUUUGGGGGUUCACUUUCAUCUAUUCAUGCAAAGAAAAUAUGUAAGAUAAUGGACCAAGCAAUGCUAGUGGGGGCUCCUGUGAUUGGUUUGAAUGAUUCAGGUGGAGCUAGGAUUCAAGAAGGAGUUGAAUCUCUGGCUGGGUAUGCUGACAUCUUCCAGCGCAAUGUUAUGUCAUCGGGUGUUGUCCCACAGAUCUCCUUGAUUAUGGGCCCAUGUGCUGGUGGUGCAGUGUACUCCCCUGCCUUGACUGACUUUACAUUUAUGGUUGAAGAUAGCUCUUACCUCUUCAUUACUGGCCCAGAUGUAGUCAAGGCAGUCACAAAUGAGGACGUGACUCAGGAGGAACUUGGUGGAGCUCGUACACACACCACGCUCUCUGGGGUUGCUCAUAAUGCUUUCCAAAAUGACAUUCAUGCGUUGCUUAACCUAAGAACAUUCAUGGGUUAUUUGCCACAGAGUAACCAGGACCCAUCCCCUAUCAGAGAGUGUGAUGAUCCUUGGGAUCGUGAUGUACCUGGGCUGGACACAGUUGUACCACUGGAAUCCACGGCCGCUUACAACAUGUUAGAUGUGGUCACUGGCAUUGUAGAUGAGGGUGACUUUUUUGAAAUUAUGCCUAACUAUGCCAAGAACAUAAUUAUUGGAUUUGCACGCAUGAAUGGACGUACAGUUGGUAUUGUUGGCAACCAACCAAAGUUUGCUGCAGGUUGUUUGGAUAUCAACUCCUCUGUAAAAGGUGCAAGAUUUGUGCGGUUUUGUGAUGCUUUUAACAUUCCACUUGUGACAUUUGUGGAUGUGCCAGGCUUCUUACCAGGAACUGCUCAGGAGUAUGGUGGCAUCAUUCGUCAUGGUGCAAAACUUCUUUAUGCAUUUGCCGAAGCAACUGUUCCAAAGAUUACAGUCAUUACUAGAAAAGCAUAUGGAGGGGCAUAUGAUGUUAUGUCUUCCAAGCAUUUACGUGGAGAUAUGAACUACACUUGGCCAACAGCUGAGGUUGCUGUAAUGGGAGCCAAAGGUGCAGUAUCAAUCCUUUAUCGAGGGAAAAGUGAUGUUGCAGAGAUUGAAAAAAAAUACAUGGAGAAGUUUGGCAACCCAUUCCCAGCUGCUGUCAGAGGCUUUGUGGAUGACAUCAUAGAACCCCGUACCACAAGACGGCGUAUCUGUCAAGAUCUGGAUAAGUUGGCCUCAAAGAAGCUUAGCAACCCAUGGAAGAAGCAUGCUAAUAUCCCUUUGUAAUGCAUGUGCAUAUAUUUAAAAGGAACUGUGAAAUAAGUGUUGUAUAGUUUCCAAUUGAGAGGUACAGUACUGUCUAACUGAGUAGAUGAUUAAUAAUGCAAAUUAAGCUUGUAUGUCAAAUUAACUAUACAGUAUUUAGCUGUAUCCUCAACUGUAUUAUUACAAACUAAAAUAUUUAUUUUGAAAACAGGUGUAGUAAACUUUAUUUUGGGUGACAGCAUUAAACUUACAGGAUGUACAAUAUUUAGUUUAAGCGUAGGACAUCUUUUAGUGGUGUCAUUUAUUAGAUUAUUAUUAUUUUUUUUUUUAAAUAAAAGAGAUGCUAUUUCUGCA